AUGAGCGUGAUAACACACGAUGUUGAUCCCAACGGGGAUCUUGUUGUCGUUCUGAAGAAACCGAACACGAAGAAUGUCAUUCCCGAAGUUUCUCUCCGUCAAGAAACUAAGCUGGGCCAAAAUGCCCCCACGUUCGCGCCCGACACCACGGACGUGAGAACUCCUUCGAUGCCCUCUGGACUCCCCAACAAUGCAGCCAUCGGUAACGCCAUCUAUCUUGAUAAAUAUAAAAUUUUACUAACGUCUACUCUGUAUGUAGCGGGAGAAUCCGAUGAGAUACGAUUUCGAGUAUCGUCUGCGCAUCUGAAACUAGCUUCAGUCCAGUUCAGGGGGAUGCUCAGCCCGCCCUGGACAGAGUCUCAAGCCGUCAAUACUCAAUCGGAUUACACAGACUCCGGCACUGAAGAUCUAUCGCCAUCGAGCUCACCAGCUGCGGGGACCGGUUCUCCAGGCUCACCUGUGACCUCCUCUACUGGUCCAUCUCCGUCUAGUCCAUCAGUUUCUCAAACUCCUCGAAUGUGGGAAGUAACAGUCACUGAAUGGCACGCACAUGCCUUGUUGACAGUCUUCAACAUCAUUCAUAGCAAAGGCUCUAGUAUUCCUCGAAACGUUAGCAUGGAGUUCUUCACUCAGGUCGCCCUCAUCGCCGACUAUUACCAUUGUGCCGAGGCAUUAUCUUUUGUCGCAGCGACUUGGUAUUCAUCGUUUGAGAAGCAUGCAAGGAAAUACGGGAAGGAAGUCAUUAUGUGGCUGGUCAUUGCUUUAGUAUUCUCAUGGGACUUCGUGUUUCAUAUGGCGGCCUAUACAGUAGUACAUGGUGGCGAAGGUCUCAGCCGUGUUACGAUUCACGAUCUCCCCUUCCUCGAAAUUCUCGGUCAGUACACUCGGCUAAAAUAA